AUGCCGUCAACACACAAAAAGGAGAAGCCGUGGGACACGGACGACAUCGACAAGUGGAAGAUCGAACCUUUCAAGAAGGAAGAGUCCUCGGGGCCAUUCCUUGAAGAAUCCUCCUUUAUGACCCUCUUCCCGAAGUAUCGCGAGCGCUACCUCAAGGACUCAUGGCCUCUCGUCACCAAAGCUCUCGAUAAGCACGGCAUCUCUGCUACGUUGGAUCUCGUUGAGGGAUCCAUGACGGUCAAGACAACAAGAAAGACAUUCGACCCCGCGGCGAUCCUCAAUGCACGCGACCUGAUCAAGUUGCUGGCUCGGUCGGUACCAGCACCGCAGGCCAUCAAAAUCCUGGAGGACGGCAUGGCGUGCGACAUCAUCAAGAUCCGGAACAUGGUGCGGAACAAGGAGCGGUUCGUCAAGAGGCGGCAACGGAUAUUGGGGCAGAAUGGCACAACACUGAAAGCGCUCGAGUUGCUCACUCAAACCUACAUCUUGGUUCACGGCAACACAGUGUCGGUAAUGGGGCCGUACAAGGGGCUAAAGGAGGUCAGAAGGGUGGUCGAGGACACGAUGCAGAACGUCCACCCGAUCUACAUGAUCAAGGAGCUGAUGAUCAAACGGGAGCUCGCCAAGGACCCGGCGCUGGCACACGAAGAUUGGAGCCGAUACCUGCCCAACUUCAAGAAGCGGACGCUGUCCAAGCGGCGGACGCCGUACAAGGUCACGGACAAGUCCAAGAAGCCGUACACGCCGUUCCCGCCGGCGCCCGAGAAGAGCAAGGUGGACAUGCAGAUCGAGAGCGGCGAGUACUUUCUGGGCAAGGAGGCCAAGCAGCGGGCCGCCGAGGCGGAGCGCGCCGAGAAGGCCAAGCAGAAGAAGGAGGAGAAGAAGCGGGAGCGCGAGCGCGAGUACGUGCCGCCAGAGGAAAGCGCGGGCAAGUCCAAGAAGAGGAAGACGACGCACGACUGA